AUGGAUUCAAAAAAUCAAACAGUACUAAAGGACUUUAUUUUAAUGGGACUUUCUAAUAACCCGAGAGUUCAAUUAUUUCUUUUUAUUUUCUUUUUUCUUGUCUAUUCCACAACCUUGACAGGCAAUGUUUUCCUAAUCAUAUUAACAAGGAUUAUACGUGAAUUGCAUUCGCCAAUGUACAUGUUCAUUUGCAAUCUAUCUCUCCUUGAUAUCUCAAUUCCAUCAGUCACCGUCCCUAAGAUGCUGGUUUGUCUCUUGUCAGAGAGAUGUCACAUUUCCUAUAAUGGGUGCUUCACUCAACUUUAUUUCUAUCACUUGUCCGGUUGUGCGGAAUGUUUUCUCCUAAGUAUUAUGGGAUAUGAUCGCUAUGUGGCCAUAUGUCAUCCUCUACGUUAUCCACAAAUUAUGAGCAAGAAGGCUUGUAUCAGUCUUGCUUCCAGCUGCUGGAUCACUGGCGUUCUCUACUCAUUUGUACACACAAUACUCACCGUAAGGUUAUCAUUUUGCCAUUCUAGAGAAGUCAAUCACUUUUUCUGUGACAUGCCCCCACUACUGAAAUUAUCUUGUACAGAUACAUCAUUAAAUGAAAUUGUCAUCCUUUUUUUGGGUGGUCUAGUGGCUGGGGCAUCAUUUUUAUUAACUGUUAUAUCUUACAUUUAUAUUAUUUCCACUAUUCUAAAAAUACGCUCUGCACAUGGAAGGAAGAAAGCUUUCUCAACCUGCGCUGCCCAUCUUACCGUAGUCUCCAUUUUCUAUGCGACGAUCAUCAUCAUGUACCUUAGGCCUCAAUCCAGUCAUUCGCUGGAGCAUGAUAAAAUGCUCUCUGUUUUUCACAAUGUGAUAACUCCAAUGUUGAAUCCCUUCAUUUACAGUCUACGAAACAAAGAUGUUAAAGAUUCCAUUCAGAAACUAUUUAGGAAAAAAAUGAUAGGUCAAAAUAAAUAA